AUGAUGAGCGAUAAAGCGAAACAUCUUCAAGAUGCAUCAAGAUGCAAACUUAAAGUUGACUUACCAACAUGCCCCGUCUUGUACUUACUUAUAAAAACUCAUAAGUUGGUAUCCAGCGAUGAUCUUGCGUCUAACGAUCCAUCACUAUUUAAGGUUAGACAUAUCAUUAGCUGCGUAGACGGGCCAAUGGACAGGAUAACAUGGUUUUUAACCCUAAUAUUUAACCAGUUGUUGAAACAAAUUCCAGCCCAUCUUACGAAUACCCAGAUGUUUCUGGAUCGUCUACGUACUGCGCAGCCCAACAGCGCGUGCGUGAUGGAGUCCUUCGACGUUGCCGCCCUUUAUACAAACGUGUCGAAUGACUCCGCAAUGCAAGCCAUAUUCGAACUCCUUACACAACACGAAGGAGAAACAAACAUGUAUGGCUUCAGGAAAGAGCGCCUGAUGACACUCUUAAAAGAAUGCUUGCGCUGCUCAAUCUUCAGAUGGUCUGGAAAGUACUACGCUCAAAUAAGAGGGUUGGCAAUGGGGCAACGACUGGCUCCAAGCCUUGCCAUUGCAUUUAUGUCUAAGGUGGAAGCACCGGUGUCUGAUCUCGGGCCGCUACUCUACUGUAGGUAUGUAGACGACUGCUUUGUCCUUUGCUCAACACAAGAGGAAAUGGACAAAUGCUUCGAAUUGUUAAACGCACAGUCAGAGUAUAUCAAGUUCACCCGAGAAAAGCCGAAAGAAAAAUGGCUUCCAUUUUUGAACGUACAAAUUCAUCUAUCAGAAAAUGGCUACAUUACAAAGUGGUACCAAAAGCCAAGUGGUAAAAACAUCUUGGUUCAUUACCUCUCCUCUCACCCCUCUCACACGAAAAGGACGCUUAUAAGAAACAUGUUUCGAACGGCAACCAACGUGUGCAUGGGAAGAGAGCAGAGAGAGGAGUCCCGGAACUUGGCACGGCAAAUAGCCAUUUCUAAUGGCUACGAAACUGUAGCUCAGGAUAGGGACGUGGAUGGUACGGGAUUAGUGGUGCUUUGCAAUGCACGCAAAGCCACCAGUUGCAUCCAGCGUCCCUAG